AUGGCAAUCGAUCUUGGGGCUUGGUCCGCCGCUUAUACCCAAGCUCAAGCUUUCAUUGCCGGACUCUCGAAUGAAGAUAAGCUCAACCUAAUCACUGGCAGCGAUGUCACAUCGGCCAACUGGACAGCUCUCACGAAAGCCAAUGGUGCACAAGGUCCACAGGGUUACGAUUAUGUGACAGGUUGGUCACAGACAUCUGCACUUGCGCACUCAUGGGACAAAGCCAUGAUGUGGAAUCAAUUUAAAGGGGUUGCUGCCGAAUUCUACAACAAAGGUAUACAGGCGGUGUAUGCUCCAACAUCUCAGCCCCUUGGUCGAACUCCUUGGGGCGGCCGUAUUGUUGAAACCAUGGGCCAAGAUAGUUACCUUAAUGGUAUUAUGUUUGGACUCGGUGUCAAAGCCUUUUCAGAGACUGGAGUUAUUCCUACAGGCAAGCAUUUCGUUCUCAAUGAGCAAGAAACAAAUCGACAAGCAUCCGGUAGUGAUGUCGGUCCAUAUACAUCCAAUGCGGAUGAUAAAACCCUCCAUGAGACGUACCUCGCACCAUUUUAUGACGGUGUCAAGAACGGAAUGGGUGCUGUUAUGUGCGCCAUGACUGAAGUCAAUGGUACACUCUCUUGCGAGAAUUCGGAUCUCUUGAUGCGUCUUCUCAAGACCGAGCUAGGGUAUCCAGGAAUGGUAUUACCAGAUCAAAAUGGCCAAGCAACUGCCUUUGGUUCCGCAAAUGGGGGUCUUGACUAUGGAGCUUCAAGUUUCUGGAGUAAUGCUACUAUCACUGCUGGUCUCUCUAACGGCACUCUGUCACAAGCACGAUUUGACGAUAUGGCCAUGCGAAAUGUCAUGGCAUAUUAUUAUGUCAAUCUCAAUAACGGUAGCCAGCCUUCUUACGUCGAUUCCACUACAUACCGUGAUGUUCGUGCCAAUCACAGUGCUAUUGUGAGGGAAAAUGGUGCGGCUUCAUUGGUUCUAGUCAAAAACACCAAUGAUGCUUUGCCCCUUUCCAAGCCAAUGAGCAUGGCCAUCUUUGGUUCGCAUGCUGGUCCUGUCAUGGCUGGACCAAACUACGAAUUCACUAUCGAUGAAACUGAGAUGAUUUACAAAGGUCAUAUUGCCGGUGGUUCUGGCUCUGGACAAACUUCUUUCCCUUACCUCAUAACCCCUCAACAUGCUCUCACUACUCAAGCAAAGGACGACGGUACUAUGGUUCGUUGGAUUUUGAACAACACCUAUACCAAUUCUAUAUCCAGCGGCAUCAUGAGAAGACAGGCAACAGCAGACCUUGGUGGAAAUGGAACCACGGGUGGAGGUGGAGGAGGGGGAGGGGGAGGAGCUGCUGGGCUUAGUGGUGGAACCGCCCUCAGUCAAGACAUUUCUUCCUAUGCUGCUGAUGCAGAAGUUUGUCUCGUAUUUCUCAACGCAUUUUCCGGCGAAGGCGCCGAUCGCACCGAACUUCGAAAUACUGAACAAGAUACACUCGUCACUGAAGUCGCAGCAGAAUGCAAUAACACCGUCGUCAUCAUAAACACGGUUGGUGCCCGUAUCGUCGACACAUGGAUUGAAAACGAAAAUGUCACCGCUGUCGUCUAUGGUGGACUGCUCGGCCAGGAUUCCGGAGACUCCAUCGUGGAUAUUCUGUACGGAAAGGUCAACCCCUCCGGACGUCUGUCUCACACCAUCGCGAAAAAUGAAUCAGACUACAAUGUUGUUCUCUGCGAAACUUACGUCUGUAACUUUACCGAGGGAAAUUUUAUCGAUUACAAAUACUUUGACGCCUACAAUGUUACUCCCAGAUAUGAGUUUGGUUUCGGAUUGAGUUAUACCAAUUUCACAUACUCGAACCUCGACGCCGCAAUUAUUGAUUCCACUGCUCUCGCAUCCGCUUACCCCACGGGCGUUCUAUCCGUAGGCGGCAAGGUCGAUCUCUGGACCAAUGUCGUAUCCGUCAACGUCACGAUUGCAAAUUCAGGUUCCGUGCCCGGAAACGAAAUCGCGCAAUUAUAUCUGGAAUUUCCGGCCGAGGCCGAUGAACCCAUAAGACAACUUCGAGGAUUUGAAAAGACGAGUUUGUUGGCAGCGGGGGAUGAGGAAACAUUGGGUUUUGAGCUGAGGAGAAGAGAUUUGAGUGUGUGGGAUACGGUGGCCCAGGAUUGGAAGGUCGUGAGGGGAGAUUAUACCCUAAGUGUAGGAGCUAGUUCGAGGGAUUUGAGGGUUGUGGGGAGUGUGAAGGUGGUUUAG